CCUGCUGUGAUUUUAAUGGAAACUCAUUUUAUGUGAAAAACACAGGAGAUGGACAGACAGAUGUCAGAUGCUGACCUCCUCAUCUCCCCCUCUCCCUCUCCCCCUCCCCUCUUCCACUGCGACUACACCGACUGGUCUCCCUCCUUCUCCAUCAUCCCAUCUGUCUACCUGCUGGCUUUCCUGGUUGGUUGCCUCGGCAACACCCUGGUGCUCUGGGUCUACCUGGACCGAGCUGAGGGGAGGAGAACGAGGACCAGAGAGAAAAAACAAACUGGAGUUGGAAGGCUUUGUUGCGCCCACAUUUUCAGAAGCAGUCAGCAGAACAUUGACAGACCUGGUAGAGUUCAGCACGAGAGAAAAAACUGUGGAUUUUCCUCGGGACAAAACUACAGACCCUCUUCUCACUCCUCCGCCUCCACCUCCCCCUCCAAUCCUCCCUCCAUGCCUCGCCCCUCUCGCUCACUGACAGACUCUCUGAUAGCCAGCCUGGCGUUGGCUGACCUCUGCUUCCUUGUGACCCUCCCUCUGUGGGCUGUCUACACAGCCAUGGGUUACCACUGGCCCUUUGGGCAACCCCUCUGCCAAAUCAGCAGCUUCCUCACUGCUCUCAACAUGUAUGCCAGCGUGUUCAGCCUCAGCAUGCUCAGUGUGGAGCGGUACUGGGUUCUGACCGGACGCCGCCACUCCGGCCACCAUGCCCCGCGGAGGUGCCCCAGCAGGGCUUUGUGGAUACUCGGGGGAGUGUGGGCGCUGGCGGGGGUGUUGGCGCUUCCUGGUUUGCUGCUGCGCUCCGUCCAGGAGGUGGAGCUAGACUCUGAAUCUGAGGAUGAUUGGCAGCUAGAGCCUGCUGACUCUGGAUCAGUCUUCCUCUCCUGCCAGAUGGAUUACUCCAUGCUGAUGGGAGCAGAGCUGGAGGAGGCAGAAAAAGAGAGGGCAGAGAUGUGGUGGAUGGCCGCCCUGAGUCUUAAAUCAACUCUAAUUGGCUUCCUGCUCCCUCUUGUCAUCUUGCUGGUCUGCUACUGCUCACUGGCCCAGCUCCUCAGCAGGCAUUUUGGACAGGGCCCUCGCCCUGACCGCAGACGUCAGCGCAGACUCCUCAGGGUCAUCGUCACUUUAGUGAUGGCCUUCUUUCUGUGCUGGCUGCCCCUGCAUGUUAAUAAGACUGUGUCCAUGCUGCUAGAGUUUGGUUUUGUCCCAUACUCCUGUUCUUUAGAUCAGAUUUUACUGGCUGCUCAGCCCUACGUCACCUGUUUAGCUUACCUCAACUCCUGCCUUAACCCUCUCCUCUACGCUGCCUGUGAUCCCUCUUUCAGGAAGAGAUGCAGAGGAGCUCUCCUCAUGCUGUGUAGAACAAGUAGAAGAGGAGCAGAGGGAGCGAGGGAAGGAAAGAAGGAUGAAGGAGAGGAAGAGAAAGAAGAGAGGAGCUCAGCUUUUCCCACAAGAACACAGGAGACAGACAGGACAGUGGAGGAGAUGGUGGGGGAGGUGGGUGGCAUGGUGGCUGAAGGGUGAGAGGCCACAGGAACGAUGGCUCAACUUCCAAGAAUAUAACUGUCUACAAAUGAAAAGGUUAACCUUAAAUCUAAUUUCACCUUGAAGUGUGAAGACAUCAAGUUAUGCUGUUGCUUAAGAACAGUAGCACUAUGUGACAGUCAUUUUUGAACUUGUGUUGUUGUUGAAGACAAUUGACGCCUACAACAGACUCAGACUCUGGAAGACAUGGUGUCAAAUGUCAAUAUUUUCAGAAUAAACAUCUUCCAUCAUAUGUACAUUUAUAAUUAUAAUUCACUGUCUCCAGUCCGAACAUUUCCCACAGGAAAUAUGCCACCACUUCCCCAGAGAUAGUCCCUGGCUAAAGCAAAUAUUCUGGUCAUAUGAUCUGUUUCUAUAUUUUAGCUAUACCCUGAAUUGUUUAUUGAUUUUUGUUGCACUGUUUUUAUUGUAGUUUCCCC